AUGAAUGGUUGCGGUUUUAAAUUUAUGAAACAUUUAUUGUUCAUCUUUAAUUUUAUAGUAUGGGCUAUGGGCAUAGCCCUAUUAGCUAUGGGUAUAAUCAUCAGGGUAAACAGUGAUCUAAUUGGUGUCGUAGCGGAUAACUCUUGGUUUACCGCAGCCUAUAUUAUGAUAGCGGCAGGUGUGUUCAUAUUUCUAGUUGCCCUUGUUGGUUUCUGUGGUGCUAGGAAUUCUAACAAGUGCAUGCUCGGAAUUUACCUUGGAGUCCUAGUUGUUAUUUUCAUCCUUGAAAUCGCUGGUGCUAUCUACGGUGCUGUUAACCGAGUUGCGAUUGAAGAAGCGGCCAAGGCAAAAAUGACCACUGAAGUACAAAUUAGAUAUGGUCAAGCUAAUCAAGGCGUCAUCACAGAUGGAUUUAACAAACUGCAAACUACAUUUAAAUGUUGCGGUGUCAACACCACCACAGAUUGGUAUAGUAGUGCAUGGAUAAGUGGCAAGCCCAGUUUUCCGUAUGGACCUGCAGUUCCUGAUAGCUGCUGCCGAACCUCUACGUUACUUUGUGGAGUCAAUUCUACUGCUCAUGCUAACGCUGUGAUAUUUAAUGCUACAUAUUACAGCAUUGGAUGCUACCAGGCUGUUAGGAACUCCAUUACGAACAACCUUGGUUUAGCUAUCGGUGUUCUUGGAGGAUUUGCUGGUGUACAGGUAUUAGGAAUGAUUCUUGCUGGAGUAUUGAUUGCUAAAGCAGAUGAAGAAGAAUAAUAUGCCUCUGUUUGGUGUGCAUCCUCUACGUAAUACAACAGAAUACGUUCAUGGUUUUAGUUAAUAUCUUGUUGGGGGCAUAAAUGAAUUACGUGGAUUGCAAAGAAAUUUUUAUAUUAAGAGAUUUCGUACCUUAUAAUAAUUGGUGGUUGUUUUAAGUAGUGAAUGAUUUAUCAUUUUAGCUUAUAUUUACGAUUAUAGUCGUGUAUACUUGAUGCCAGUGUGUUGUUAAUUGUAAUUUAUGGCAUCUUCACUUAACAUCGUCUAAAAAGUUCUGGGUUCAGGCAGUUCAGGUUAUAAGUUUUGCAUUAUAGUAAUAUUCCUUCUUUUCUAGGUUUAUCAUAUAACCUAUUCCAUUAAAUUUUAAAUAUUAUCCUUUGCGAUUGCUAUGUAGCUGUUAUCGCUAACAUAGUAGGAUGUUAGUAUAACUGAAUGCCAUUUCUUAUCAUGACCGACUUAAAUAUAUGUAUGCCAACAUCAAUUAAAAGUUCGGCUUGUACUGAUGCAGGUGUUAAUAUCAGCUAAUCUCGACGAAAUAUUUGGUAGUUUAGACUUCAAGUUAAGGUGCGAUAUGGUGCUGAUUCACAGUUAUUUUUAAUUGUAAAGUGGAUGAAUGUAUUCAGACAGUUAGUGACGAGAAAAUAAAAG